AUGUCUAACGAGCAGACCUUCAUUGCCAUCAAGCCCGAUGGUGUCCAGCGCGGACUCGUCGGCCCCAUCAUCUCUCGCUUCGAGAACCGUGGCUUCAAGCUCGUUGCCAUGAAGCUGGUCUCUCCCCCCAAGUCCCAGCUUGAGCAGCACUACCAGGAUCUUUCUGACAAGCCCUUCUUCGCUGGCCUUGUUUCCUACAUGCUCAGCGGCCCCAUCUGCGCCAUGGUCUGGGAGGGCCGUGAUGCCGUCAAGACUGGCCGUACCAUCCUCGGUGCCACCAACCCUCUUGCCUCCGCUCCCGGCACCAUCCGUGGUGACUAUGCCAUUGACGUCGGCCGCAACGUCUGCCACGGCUCCGACAGCGUUGAGAACGCCAAGAAGGAGAUUGCCCUCUGGUUCAAGCCUGAGGAGCUCAUCUCCUGGAAGAGCGCCGCCUUCGACUGGAUCUACGAGAAGGCUUAA